AUGGGUUUUCACUUCAUUUGGAAAUUCAGAAAAGCCCACCCCUACCAUCUUAUCCUCAACCCACCCCCGCUUCCUGACCUCGACCCACCCUCAACCCACCUCACCCUCAACCCACUCCCGCCUCCUGACCUCGACCCACCCUCAAUCCACCUCACCCUCAACCCACCUCGCCUCCUGACCUCGACCCACCCUCAACCCAACGACCUCCAACCUCACCCUCAACCCACCCCGCUUCCUGACCUCAACCCACCGACCUCCAACCUCACCCUCGACCCACCCUCACCUCCUGACCUCGACCCACCCUCAACCCACCAACCUCCAACCUCACCCUCAACCCAUCCCGCUUCCUGA